AUUGUUUCUGGAAUAAGACAGGAAAAUAUAGUUUCUACUCAGCUCAACCCAAUUAUGUUUAAAGCCAAGUUGCUCGAUUAUUAUGGUGCCUUAUUCAACUCGAGGGAGGAAAACUUCGGACUUAGAGGAGGUACAACGUUGAUGGGUUGUGGAUACCUUAUGCAGAAAACAAAUUCUACUGUCACCGACAGACUUUUGUGCGCCUAUGGAAUGCUUUAUGGGGGAGACGAAGACUAUGUUCUUACUAAAGGGCAACCCUGUUCGAAAUGUGAUUAUUACGAUUACGCCAAGAAAUAUGCAGAUCCUCGAUUAUUGGCUCGUGACCGACUGGAAAGGUGGAAUUGUGACUAUACAUAUACUAGUUUAUGCACCGGUGAGUUAGCAGAGUAG